CGCCCACUUCGCGACAACGCGCGCCCGACAUCCGCCGAGGACCAGUCGCCGCCGCUGACACUCCGAACAGCGCCGGAGAAAGCCGAUCGCGCCCGAUCUACGGCGGCGUCCCGCGGGAAAGUGCUCCAGCCGGCAAUUGACGGCCACAGCGACUCUUGAAAGCAGUGCAGCAAUUCAGAACGCUUCCGUACGCCAGUACAGCGGAAACUCUCAAGAUGUAUCUCGCCGUGAACUGCAGAAGCAUGCUGCUGUGCGCCGCCGUGGUGCUGCUGCUGCCAUCUAGCGGGGACGGCUUCAGCGCGGCAGGCUACAGCGGAGCCGCCUGCCGGGGAAGCUCGCUACUACAGAGCGGAGGCCUGUCCUGCGACGUGAAGAAGUCCAUCCUGGACGCGCAUAACAAGUACCGACAGUCCAUCGCGCUGGGUUACGUUGCUGGACAGCCUGGAGCCGCCAGGAUGCUGGAAAUGGUGUGGGACGAGGAGCUGGCGUCGAUCGCACAGCGCUGGGCUGACCAGUGCACCAUGGGACACGACCACAACCGCGAUGUCUCGCGCUUCCCCGUGGGCCAGAACGUGGCCGCCACGUGGACGACGCGCCGCCAGGUGAGCCCGGAGCCGGACUUCGCGCGGCAGGUCGCCGCCUGGUACGGCGAGGUGGCCGCCUACCGCUACCAGGACGGCAGCCUCGGCGCCGCCACCGGACACUACACGCAGCUGGUGUGGGGAGACACGUACCUGGUGGGCUGCGGCUACAGCUUCUUCUACGACCGCAGCCGCGGCUACACCAAGCUCUACGUCUGCAACUACGGGCCUGGAGGUAACGUUGUUGGAGCAGCGCCUUACGAGAAGGGCAGCCCAUCCUGUUCGUCUCAGGGCAUCUCCCCGUCCAAGCGCUACCCUGGACUCUGUGAGGUGCGCGGCUACUCGCAGCUGGGGUCGCAGUGCAGCUACACGACCUUCGGCGGCUUCUCCGCCUUCUGGGGAUGAACACGCCGACGUCGACGGCGCACGCUCUCCGCUGGUCACCGGUUCGACACUCUGCGGCCUAGCCAGCAGACACCGCCUGUCCACAGCAGAGCUGGAGUGGGCUGCGAGGAACUGGAGGUUUCCCAGCAACUUCUCCACACGGAAACGACGCUGCGUCACUAUGGGGAGGAGCAAUUCACCUCCCACGCCGCCCCACCGCAGUCUCUAAACGCUUUCCUCAAGGCACGCCGCCUCUGUUCUCAGAAGAAAUUCUGCUCUUUGUUCGCAGUAAACGUUCUGCUUCUACUGCCUUUGUACAAAAGCGACAUUAUGUGAAAAAAAAAACAACCAGAAUUGUGGAUCAAAUCG